AUGGGGUGGAUGACGUGUUGCCAAUGCAAAUCAAAUGAGGCAAAAGUGGUAGAAUUGGAUUUUUCAAGAUGUGGAAUCUCAGAAAUACCAAAUGAAGUAUAUGCUAAUUCUCCAACAUUAGAAGUCUUGCAUUUAGAAGGAAAUAAACUAAAGGACUUAUCUCCACAGUUAUUUCAGUGCAUUGAUUUAAGGUACCUUAAUAUAAGUGAUAAUGAAAUCCGAGCCAUACCACCAUUAAUAUCAAAAUUGACCAAUCUACAAGUUUUAAUAUUUAGUAAAAAUGAUGGAGUUCACCCAAAUUUAGAUAAAUUAAGUAAAUUGACUAUGUUGGACUUAAGUAUGAAUGAUCUAGGUAAAGUUCCGGAAGCUGUUAUGAGCCUUAUUAACCUUCAGCAACUUUGUUUAAAUGAUACAGGCAUAGAUUUUGUUCCUGCUAAUAUUGGUCGAUUAUCAAACUUAAGAGUGUUGGAAUUAAGAGAUAAUAAUAUAUCAGAACUGCCAAAAUCCAUCAGACGUUUGACUAAUUUACAGCGACUAGAUGUUAGUGAUAAUAAUUUAUCGAAUUUGACAGAACUAUGCGAAUCUCAUGGAAAUUUGACAGAAUUAUGGAUUAAUGGUAAUAAUAUAUCUGAACUCUCUGUAGCUAUAACACACUUAAAAAAGAUAAAUGACUUUGAUGCUUCAUACAAUAACUUGGAAUCCAUCCCAAAGGAAAUAGGGCAUUGGACAAAAAUCACAAAUUUAAUUUUAAGCUUUAAUAAUUUAAUCUCACUUCCUAAAGCUGUAGGAAAUCUUAGAAAUUUGCAAGUUCUUAAACUUGAGUCAAAUUUAUUAGAAGAACUGCCCAGUACUGUUUGUAAAUUGGUUAAUUUGGAAGAACUUAAUUUACAGAACAAUUCUUUGAUAUCAAUUCCUAGUGGCAUAGGUCAUUUACGAAAAUUGGCUACACUGAUUUUGUCAGAUAAUAAAUUACAACAGCUACCAGCAGAAAUUGGAAGCUGCUGCGCAUUGUCAAUACUUAAUGUUCAUAAUAAUCAACUUGAAAGACUGCCAGAUGAGGUUGGCCAUCUCCAAAAUUUGACCACCCUCGGUUUGAUAGGAAACAAGCUCUCUUACCUUCCAAUCACAAUAUCGAAACUCCGAAAUCUGAAAGCGUUAUGGUUGACACCAAAUCAAACUCAACCAUUGAUCCAUCUUCAAAAUGAACAAUUGUCUGACGGGCAAAUAGUACUAACUUCCAUUGUAUUUCCACAAACUCCCCUUAGAGAACCACAUCAUGUACCAAUGUCAGUGGGAAAUCAGAAUUGCCACAUUACUUUCAGUACUGAGAGGAACGAUUCUGAUGUAACAGAGGCCCAUUUGUCACUUAGUAGGACCCCUACUCCUCAUCAUAAGGAAUUAAAAAGAUUGAGGGAAAUUUUGAGGACAUCCCAUACUCCUGGAAAAAGAGAAUCAACCAUGUUUGCAUGUCUAUUAUUUAAUUUAGACGAAUUCCUUCUGAAGCUGAAAUUAGUGUUUAUGUUGCUAGCAUGUCCAGUAUUAGACAAAUUACAAUACAUUGAAGCAGCAGUUGUAGCAUUGCCCCCUGCUGUAAUUGAAAUGGAAGGAUUUUGUGUAAUGAUAUUAUUUUCAGCAGUAGUUGUAUGA